UUCGGACCUUUUCUGCUGCUUUCUGCUUUUAGUAGCGCAUUUCGGGUGGCGUGUAGAGGGUGAUUUCGAGGCCCGUUCUUCUCUCAAAACAUAUCGCUCGCGCGAGAUAAACGAAACAAGAAACACUGACUGAUCUUCCAGAAGCCAUGACGACUCGCGUCGGCUUUGCGGUUCUAGUGUUGGUGUUGUGCUCUAGUAGUGUUGCCAGGGCGAAAAACGUGGAUAGCAGGAUCAGGAGGCGGGAUCUGGGCCCCGAAUCCUGCGAUCUGAGCUUCGUCGAGUCGAGGAAUUUGAGCUUUACCGCAGGACGCAUUCAGAAAGGAAGCGUGUGCGGAGGACAAUGCUGCGACGACGAGGUGGAGGCCGUUCUAAAGCAGCAGGGCAGGAGGGACUUCAUCGCCCUGCUGCAACACAAUUCCAGGUCGCUGCUAGGGCCCAUCAACCGGACAUCGGCAAUCUUACAGAAUCACGUCUGGGAACUGGCCAAGCAAUCCGAAAACAAAACCCUACAUAUCUUCUCUCAGGUCUACUAUUCCAUGGCCGAAUUAUCAACGAAACCCAUCGAGAUCCUCUACCGCGACAUCCGAGACUACGUCAAAAUCGACCCGUCCGACCAAAAACCCACCAAGACUCCAUCCGACAUCGUUGCCAGCGUCAACCAGUUCUUCACCGAACUGUUCCCUCUAGCCUAUCACCAACAAACCGGACUAUCAUCCGGUGAUUUCACUCACAAGUACAAACAAUGCCUCAAAGACAACAUGGAUGUGAUAGCACCCUUCUCCGAUUUCCCUAAACAAGUCUCAGACUCGUUAUCAAAGAGUCUGGAGACGACUAGACUGCUUUUAGAGGCUCUGGGUAUCGGAAUGGAAGUGCUAAACACCACGUACGCGUUGAUUAUUGAUGAACAUGCUACAACUAACUCUGAGUGUCAUACGGCUUUGCUCAAAAUGACUUAUUGUCCGAAAUGUCUUGCUCUACCCAAGCAUAAUCGGCCUUGUUCGGAUUAUUGUUUGAACGUGAUGAGAGGCUGUUUGAACAAGUACGUGGCUGAGUUGGAUUUGCCAUGGAACGUGUAUGUGGAGGGGAUAGAGAAUUUGAUCAACGCGGUGAAGAAGAACUCGAACGAGGGUGGUACUAAUGUUGAUAUAGCGAUUAAGAAUUUGGACGUGCAGAUUUCUUCGGCUAUCAUGUAUUCGAUGGAGAAGAUUAAGGAGAUAGACAGCAGGGUGAAAAUGAAUUGCAAAAUUGCAGAAUACACGAAAACCGAGGAGUCCCGAACCACAGAGACCAGCGCCACUACCGAGAGUUUUUCGAAAAUGAGGCAGUCGAACGUCAGGUCGUUUUCGCACUUUCCUACCGCUCAUAUGUCGUUGUUCUUGUCAACUAUGACAAAAACGAAGGGAUUCUAUGCCAGUCUGGCGGAUAAUUUGUGCAGGGAAGAGUCGUUUGCCGAACAAAAGGAUAAACUGUGUUGGAACGGUGAAAGAAUCGCAGAGUACACGAAGACGGUGGUUGACGUCGGCCUGAUGCAGAAAUACAAUCCCGAAGUGAAAACGUCGCCGAAUUCGCAACACGUCGACCCGAAAAUCGCCACUCUGGUCGACAAACUGAGGCAUGUGCAUUACAUGGCAGUCAAACUUUAGGUCCCAACUAUUCAGAUCCAGAUUAUAUGCAGAGGGACGGAGUGGACGGGUCAGGAUCUGGAAGUGGACCAGAUUUUGACGAGAGGAAGACGAGUAUUCCAGAGGCUCCGGUUCAGGACAUGGUCCUAUCGAUGGUGACGACGAAGUUCCACGACACCAUUCCGUCACGCCGGACCACUCCGAAAAAGUCACCAACGUCAACAAAGACAUCAACCUAGAGCCCAAAGUACACGUACCCAAGUCCAAUGCGAACACGUUAACGACGCCCACCUACGCUUUGUUCCUGUCCAUUCUCGCCGUCUGUUUAGGGGCGAGGCAUUGAAAAACGACCCGUUAGACUGUAACUCUUUUUCGGUUUUAUAGCUUGUUGUACAAAGUACCGUAGAUCGGACUCUAGGACUAUUUUAUUAGCGAGGAGGAAAGAAGAUGAUGGAGGUGGGGUAAUAACACUGCGUGUGUGGCGGGCGCACAUGCUGAAAAGGCUGUACAAUCAGAACGUUUUACUGUUAUGAUUAUUUUAUGUUAAAAAAGCGUGUAUUUACCCUUGUUACUUUUGUGCACAUUGUACAGAAAACGGGGAGAGACUAUAAGGGAUAUAUGGAGAUCGUAAGAAAAUCAAAAUACACUGGAUGGUAUGGUCAUGAAAGAUCUCGUGUAAAUUGUAGUAUCCUUAGGUAGGUUUUAAUAGUUUUAUACGGGUCAAUAUGUAAUUAUUUAUAUAUAUAAAGCGAGAAUAAUUUAGAAUAAUCAAUGAAAAACAAUUUCCCCUGUACAUAAUUUCGGCUUUUAGUCUUCUAGUUUUUUUGAUUUUAAUAUACAAUCUACAGUAUGGCCCCGGAUUGUCUUUACAAAAGGAAACGCUUUUUCAUUAUUGACAUUUUGAGAAAAAUGCAUUCUUCAUAAAAAGGUUUGCUUGUUUUAAAACGGUUAAUCAGUUUUAGAGAAAAUAAAAAAAAACAUGAAAAUAUUGUUACGGAUUCUGUGGGUCCACUAAUUUAAACUCACGAUACAAAUACUGAACGAAUUAAUUUUUCUCACUAUAUACACACAAUUUAUACUAAUUACAACACACAAUUAACUAUUUAUAAAUUCCUUCGCUAAAUUGUCAGGAUUCACAAUUUAAAACGGUGUACUUUCAAAUUUCCAUCUGCUCAACUGUCGAUCGCGCGCCUUUAUAUACUCUACUGACUGUUUCUGGAACCUUCUAAAAUAUUCGGUAUCAUUCUGCCUCCUACUAGUAAAUUCUGCCGCCUGAUUCGCUUACUUUUCUACUUGGUUAAGAGAUGGCGCCUCAGCAACAAUAUCCUCAGAUUAUCACUAUUUCCGUAGUAUUGAACUAAAUAAAUUUUGUGCUUCUUUGACAUUUUAAAAUAGCAAAAAUAUGACGUUAAUUAAAAUUCUAUCAAUAACAAUCAAUGAAUGAAAACGAAAUUAUAUUACCAUAGAAUCAUGUUUUGAGUUUUAGAACUUUUCGAAAGAAAUUUUACUAUUAUUUUCAUGUUUUUUUUAUUUUCUCUAAAACGGUAUGGAAAU